CUAAUUCUUACACUCUACGAUGAAUUCAUAUAAUUAACCAGUCUAAUAUGAGAUCCUAACGUUUAGAAAAUCUAAGAUAGGUAUGAAAUAAAAGGAAAAAUUUAGUCACUGUCAGAUAUGGCCCAGAGCCCAUAUAAUCAACAGGUGAAUUUAAGCAGAGGAAAUCAAAUACUUUUGAUAUAAAAUUGGACACCGCACACGACUAAAAUAAAUUUUUGUUUGUCAACGAUCAGACUUCGAGAAACACGUUAAAAAGCAUGUAUAAUUGAGCUGAUUUAGAUUGAUUUGAUUUAUAAGCAAAGUAAUUGAAUAACAUUAUGUCGGUUCAAAUAUUCGGUGAUCAAGCCACUGAAGAAAGAGCUGAAAAUGCUCGUAUGUCUGCAUUUGUUGGAGCUAUUGCUGUUGGAGAUUUAGUUAAAUCAACUUUAGGUCCAAAGGGUAUGGAUAAAUUAUUACAAAGUUCAACUAAUACUGAUUCAGCUUUAAUAACUAAUGAUGGUGCCACCAUCUUAAAGUCUAUACCAUUUGAUAAUCCAGCUGCCAAAGUUCUAGUUAAUAUAUCUAAAGUUCAAGAUGAUGAAGUUGGUGAUGGUACAACUUCUGUAACUGUUUUAUCAGCUGAAUUAUUAAGAGAAGCUGAAAAAUUAAUUGAUGAAAAGAAAAUUCAUCCUCAAACAAUUAUUGAAGGUUAUAGAAUUGCUAGAAAUGUAGCUUUAGAAGCCUUAGAUAAAGCAGCAACUAAUAAUGGAUCUAAACCAGAAUUAUUCAAACAAGAUUUACUUAAUAUCGCUAGAACAACAUUAUCAUCAAAAAUUUUAUCUCAAGAUAAAGAAUUAUUUUCAACCUUAGCUGUUGAUGCUAUAUUAAGAUUAAAAGGUUCAACUAACUUAAAUAAUAUUCAAAUAAUCAAAAAAAUUGGUGGAAAAUUACUGGAUUCUUAUUUAGAUGAAGGGUUCAUAUUGGAAAAGAAAUUUGGUAUAAAUCAACCAAAAAGAAUUGAAAAAGCAAAGAUCUUAAUUGCCAAUACUUCAAUGGAUACUGAUAAAGUUAAAAUCUUUGGGGCUAAAUUUAAAGUUAAUUCAAGUUCAAAAUUAGCUGAAUUAGAAAAAGCUGAAAAAUUAAAGAUGAAAACUAAAGUUGAUAAAAUUGGUAAAUUCGGUAUAAAUGUCUUUAUUAAUAGACAAUUAAUUUAUGAUUAUCCAGAACAAUUAUUUACUGAUGCUAAAAUAAAUUCCAUUGAACAUGCUGAUUUUGAUGGUAUUGAAAGAUUAGCAUUAGUUACUGGAGGUGAAGUUGUUUCAACUUUCGAUACUCCUGAAAAAGUUAAAUUAGGUUAUUGUGAUUUAAUCGAAGAAGUUUUAAUUGGUGAAGAUACUUUCAUUAAAUUCAGUGGUGUCGCUGCUGGUGAAGCAUGUACUAUUGUUUUAAGAGGUUCUUCUGAUCAAGUAUUAGAUGAAGCUGAAAGAUCUUUACAUGAUGCUUUAUCUGUUUUAUCACAAACUACAAGAGAAACAAGAACUGUGUUAGGUGGUGGAUGCUCAGAAAUGAUUAUGGCUAAAGCUGUUGAUCAAUGUGCAGCCAAUGAAACUGGUAAAAAGUCUAUUGCUAUUGAAUCUUACAGUAAAGCUUUAAAGCAAUUACCUACUAUUUUAGCUGAUAAUGCUGGGUUCGAUUCUUCUGAAUUAGUGACCAAGUUAAGAGCUGCCAUAUAUAAUGGUUUAACCACUUCUGGUCUUAAUUUAAAUAGUGGGACUGUCGAUGAUAUGAAAGAAUUAGGUAUUGUGGAAUCUUAUAAAUUAAAAAGGGCUGUUGUAUCAUCAGCUACUGAAGCUGCUGAAGUUUUAUUAAGAGUUGAUAACAUUAUCAGAGCUAAACCACGUACCGCUGAUAGAAACCAUUAGUCUGGGGAAUGAUUCUUGUAUGUACAUAUACCAAAUAGUAUUUAAUAGAUAGCAUUAAUUUAGGAUUAGGGCUCUGUCUUAACAUUAUAAUUGUCAUGUAAUUGUAAUUGUAAUUGUCAUACAAUAGUAAUUGUAAUUUAAUGGUGGCCAUAUAAUCCGACAUUUACAUAGUACCUUUGAGAAGAGUAUACUUAACAUUAAGUUGCAAAUAAAUACUUAAGAUUUAGACAUGAAACAAAUACGAUUG